GUGCGCGCUCCUGCGAGGUGCGCGCAUUUUCGGCGGGGAGAACAGCACAACCCCGGAAGUUCAAAACAAUGUGGACCAUACACCUUCAACCGAUCAGCAACCUCACGCAAUACAUCAGUUUGGGAGGUUACACAACGACUCUCAAGUAGCCACUGUGUUGACAGCACACCUCCAUUAAGCAAGAUGUCUUCUUCUAGCGUGGAAAGUAACGUGUGUCCUCCGGUGAAACAGAAAGUUGAGGAGGCACUGGCCAUGGAGUACUUCUUCACGGAUCUGACUGAGACUGCAACGUGCCUCAUCUGCAGUCAGAGGGUGUUAUUUAAUGACGUUACCAUGAAGCGGCAUUACUUAGCCAAACACGCCUGGGAGUAUGAUCAUUACAAGGGAAGAAAGAGGAAGAGCAUGUCGGACAAGCUUCAUGCAGAAUUUAAACGCAACGUGAGGGUUUAUGCAGGCCCUGACCCCAGAAAGGAACCUCAACCAGCCAUGCGAAGUCUGAAGCUGAUAACUGCGACCGACACACAGUAUUCAGCAACUGUGCUGAAAUCGAUGAACGAGCAGCGAAACCAUGGAUUAUUUUGUGACGUCACCAUUAUCAUACAGGACAAGAAGUUCAGGGCUCACAAAACAAUCCUGUCUGCCUCCAGUACGUACUUCCACCAGCUCUUCAGUGUCGCUGGACAAGUGAUCGAGUUAAACUUCAUCAAAGCGGAAAUCUUUGAGCAGAUUCUCAAUUACAUUUACAGCUCCAAGAUUGUCCGUGUCCGCUCCGACAUGCUGGAGGAUCUCAUUAGUGCUGGACAAAUUCUGGGAGUCAAGUUCAUUGCAAACUUGGGAUCCCCUUUAUCGCAAGUUAAGGGUCUUCCUGGUUUAUCUAAGGAGACGGGGAGCAAGAGUGACACUCCUCCAGAGGUGAUGCCCGUCAUCUCAGAGUCUUUCUCCAUAUCUUCAGAGGAAUUCAACCAGGCGAGCAAGUCAGUGGGUAACGACGAGGACUCGGACGGAGAUGUUAUGUUUGUCUCACAAACGGAUGCUCAAACCAGAGUAGCCAAUCAGACAGCCAACUCAGAGGUUAUUGAUUUGGAAGCAGCAGAUUUAGGAAAAGCAGCAGAUACAGGAAAAGCAGCAUCAAAGCAAAAUGAGGAAUCAAAUCAGGCUGUUGCAAAACUGAAAGAGAAAGCCAGAGCCCCCGUUAAAAUCAUCGCUGCAAAGCCUCUCAGCAUCAGUUGUCCAUCACCCGUUAUUCCCAUCAGCAGCCCUCUGUGCAGUCCAGACAGCAGCUCCAACAGCAGCUCCAACAGCAGCUCCGCCAGUAGCUCCACCAGUAGCUCCACCAACAGCUCCAAAAGCUCAUCCUCUCCUGCCAGACAUUUCUCAGGAAGUGUUCCCACAACGCCCGCCAGGUCAAGCGUCACCCCUGAGCACACGAGUGCCUCCCAGUCCUCUGAAAGCAGUGAAAUAAUAGGCGUCCAAAGGAAGCAAGUUUCUGCCUCGUCACAGCAAGGGGAUUUCAAAAUAAAGAUCGUAGACGUGUCUGAUGGCCAGUCAAAUCAAACCAACAGCUCCAAAUCAGCUGUAGUCGCAAAAAAGACAGUCACGCUCAACACAGCCACGGAGAUCGAUUCAAUUUCAUCCGGGUGUAAAGUCUACGCCAAUAUUGGAGAAAAUACUUACGACAUUGUCCCAGUGAAGGAGGAUCCAGGUGAAGGAGGCUCUAAAGUGAAUAAAGGGAAGAGAGCAUUAAUGGCAACACCUUUGAAAACCUUUAAUGAAAUACCCCUUUCACCAAAGUCCGGCUCCAACAAGAAGAAGUGCAAGACAGAGCUGGAGGAUCACUACGAGCUGAUCAUGGACGGGAAGACUUUUUUCGUCUGCAUCGUCUGCAAGCGGCCCUACGUGUGUCUGGCGAGUCUGCGCCGUCACUUCAACACUCACUCGUGGGAAAAGAAGUACCCGUGCCACUUCUGCAACAAGGUGUUUGCACUGGCCGAGUACAGAACUAAACAUGAAAUCCACCACACAGGAGAGCGCAGGUACCAGUGCCUGAUGUGCAACGACAUGUUCGUGAACUACCAGUUACUGUCCACACACUGCAAGCAUGCGCACAACCAGGAUCCCAGUGGCAGGAAGGAGAAAGACGAGACGGACAACAACUUGUACCGCCUCCUGCCGUGUAAGACGGUGCAGAUGAAGUCGUACUCGUGGAGUAACAACGGCCAGGAAGGAGUCCCGGUUAUAUCGGAGGACGGCAGCGUGCAUCACAUCACCAGUGAGGACGUGCACUCCUCCACUCAGACCAGGAUGUUGAACUGGGACGACAUCUUUAUCGAACCCGACACUCGCAUGCCGCCCGAUGCUCACGCCCGCCAGGGCUCAGCCGCAAACUCUCCUCCACCGGGAGCCACGGAGUUUGACUUUGUUAUACCAGAGAGCUACUGAGCAACCCCCGCUGCUCCAUUACAUGUGCCUUUUUAAAGGGUACCCCAUAACCUUUUUCCAGGUCAACAAUAUUAAUCUGUAAUUCUCAAUAGUAUCGGAAUAAUCUACGGUCACAUUAGCCUUUCAAUUAAUUGUGUGGUUAAAUAUAGUACUAAUGAUGCUAAUACAUGUUAGAAUAAUGUGCUUCUGCCAGAGCCAGCUGGAGAUUUCUUGAAUUUGUCCCUCCUUGUUGAAGUGAAAAGGAGACAAAGCGAGUAGUUUUAGGAAGGAAACGCAAUGUGACCAAAUCUUUACUCCUGUUUCUCUGCCUUUUUAAUCUGUCUUUUUUUAUCAUUACAAAUAAUGAUAGUGGUUCGCACGCAGUAAAAUCACAACGACAAUAGUUUAUAUGGAUGCUAACAUUUUCAUGCAGGACUCAAAAGUUGCCCCAGAAAUGAAGGCAUCACACACUAGCUGCAAUAAAAGCAUUCUCUUAUUACAGUGAUAUUUUUUUUAACCUUUGGGUCAUACUAUUCUAGAUCAGUUUCUGACAUUCCAACCCCACUGAGCUCCAUUUCAUAAAAUAUAAAUUCUGUUUUACCUAUUUAAAUAUAUGAAACCUAAAUCAUGUAGUGUGUAACCGGGAUUUUCAAAGGAUGCAUAUUAUAGGGGUGUAACGGUUCACAGAAGUCACGGUUCGGUACGUACCUCGGUUCGGGGGUCACGGUUCGGUACGGGUUCGGUACAACAAGAAAAAGCAAACGCAUGUUGAAUAAUUAACUGUAUUACACUGUUAAAAACAAACAGUACCACACACACUCAGAUGCCCAGAUUAUAUAAUGGCUGAU